UCAACGUAGACUUUCUUCGCUGAUACUUUGCUAUCAGGAUAGUGUUGUGCAGAUUUUUCUGACCAUUUUGUUACGUUAAAUCAGCCAAGCUGUGGCUUUUCAAGGCAAAAGCUAAUCCAGGGAACCGAUUUUAGCCGGCAGUGGCCACCUCUGCUCGUCAGUGGGGCUGCUAGAACUUGACCGUACAAACGGACAGGAAUAACGGAAUAUGGAUUUAAACUAUUACAGCGAGGAGAUGGAUCCGAAGGGCUUCGCUGAAAACAUGGCUAACAACUGUAACGGAACAGAAAACCACGAAUCAAUCCAGGGAAAGUCUGUGGAGGAUGAAGCGCCACCAAGCUACGCUGACGCCUUUCCUCCUCUGCCAACAACGCCAAAUGACAGCACCGAGAAAUCCGCUGUGCCUGCAACAAAAUGGGGAAAGCCAGAAACAAAGCACGUCGCCAAAGCGAAACCUAUGAUCACAAAUAUAACACAGGUUUUCAAUGUCCCCUAUGAAGAAAAGAAGUACAAGAAUUUCAACAGCUUUGGCAAUGGUGAACUUGACAAGCAAAAUGCAGCAAUUCGCGAGGUCAUGUCAAAAACAGGAACAACCAUUGAGGUUUGCAAUGCUAAGGAUCAAAGUCUGACAAUUCUGGUUACAGGAAAAAAAGAAAGUGUUGCCCAGGCAAAAAGAUUGGUACUCAAUGCACUUCAAACCCAAGGAGAGAUUAAGUUGAACAUACCCAAGGAACAUCACAAGUACCUUCUUGGCAAAGGAGGACAGAAACUCAAGAAUUUGGAAUUACAGACAACGGCCAAAAUUAACAUCUCAAAGGACAGUGAUGUUGUGACCAUUGCUGGAACACGGGAGGGAAUAGCCAGUGCCAAACAUGAGAUUCAGUUAAUAUCAGAUGAACAAGCCAAGUUAGCCUUUGAACGCAUGCCAAUCCCAAAGAUCUAUCACCCAUUUAUUUUUGGACCAAACAAUACCACUUUGGAGAAUUUGAUGUCAAUGACUGGAGCCAGGAUCAACAUACCACCACCAACAGUGUAUAAAGAUGAGUUGACUGUUGCUGGAGAUAAAGAUGGUGUCAAGAAAGCUGUUAGAAUGAUAAUGGACAUCUUUGAAGAGAAAAGACGAAAGUGUACAACAGUGACUGUUGAUGUGCCAAAAGCACAGCACAAGUACAUCAUCAGGCCAAGAGGACAGGGAAUCCAGGAAAUCUUUGCAAUGACAGGUGUUUCUGUUGAGGUACCACCAGACAAGGUAGAUCAGAACAGAAUAACAUUGAGAGGUGAACCAGACAAACUUGGUCUUGCACUGACCCAGGUUUAUGCAAAAGCCAACAGUGUUGUUACAGUUGAGGUUGAAGCUCCAAAAUGGCUGCACAGAUUUAUCAUCGGACGAUCAGGACAGAACAUUAAGAAAAUCACAGAAGGCUAUCCCAAGCUUCAUGUGGAGUUCAGCAAGGAAGAAAAUUUGAUCAAGCUUGAAGGACCACCAGAUGAGGUUGAAUCUUGCCGCAAUGCAUUCAAAGCCUCCAUUGAUGAACUGAAAAACACCAUGGAUUAUACCGAGUUCAGUGUCCCUCAGAAGUGGCACCGACAUAUCAUUGGAAAGAAUGGAGGGAACAUAACGCGUAUCAAGAACGAGAGUGGAACAUCUAUCAAUUUCCCAUCUGAUGACAUCGUCUCUGAUACUAUUCGUAUCGAAGGAAGCCCAAGUGGUGUUGCAACUGCCAAGGCGGAAAUCAUGCAAAUGGUCGCUAAAAUGGAAAACGAAAAAUCGCGAGACAUAAUAAUUGAGCAGAAGUUUCACCGCACAAUCAUCGGGGCAGGUGGAGAGAACAUCAACGAAAUCAGAGACAACUACCGCGAUGUGCAAAUACUGUUCCCAGAUUCAAACAAGAAAAGCAAUGUUGUCACCAUAAGAGGGCCGAAAGAGGAAGUGGAUAAGUGCUUUGCUUACAUGAAGAAAUACGCUGCCGAACUCGUUGCUGCCAACUACCAGGUCGACGUGCCAAUAAUCAAGAAGUUCCAUCGUAAUAUAAUUGGCAAAGGGGGUCAAAAUUUGAAAAAGAUAAAGGACGAGACAAACACAACCAUUAAAGUACCAAACGAAGGAAGUCCAAGUGACGUCAUUGUCAUCACAGGCUACAAAGCGCAAGUCGAGAAAGCAAGGGACAUGAUACUCGCCUUGCAGAACGAGCUGGCCAGUAUCGCGACUGUCGAGAUAAAAAUACCUCAGAAAUUUCAUACGUCCUUGAUUGGAGCCAAAGGCCGUUUGAUCAAGUCAGUUAUGGACGAAUGCGGAGACGUGCACAUCCAUUUCCCUGCCGAAGGAGCCAGCAGUGAUACUGUCACAAUCAGAGGAGUGAAGGAGGACGUUGAGAAGGCGAAAGUUCAGCUAUUGGAGAUGGCAAGUGACAGUGAGAAGCAGUUCGCUGAAAGACAACUGAGCAGCUUCAAUGCGGAGGUGCAUGCCAAGCCUGAGUUUCAUAGAUACCUGAUUGGACGUGGAGGAGCAAAUAUCGCAAAGAUUCGGGCCAACACCGGUGCAAGAAUCUUGUUCCCCACUGCCAAGGACACUGAUAAAGAUUUGAUCACAAUUAUUGGAAAGCAGGAGGCAGUUGAAGCUGCGAAGGAGGAGCUGUUGAAGAAGAUCAAGGACUUGGAAAACAUUGUUGAAGAUACAGUUGACAUCAUCCCAAAACACCACGCUUAUUUCACUGUCAAACGAGCAGCAGUGUUGCGAGAUAUUGCGGAGGAAUUUGGAGGCGUGUCAAUCAGCAUGCCAAGGGAGGCAAACUCCACCCGUGUGACUCUGAAGGGCGCUGCAGACUGUGUUGAGGGUGCAAAAAAGAAGAUGAAAGAAAUCGAGGAAGACCUUGAAUCGAUGGUUACCAUUGAGUGUGAAAUCGCUCAGAAACACCAUCGUUCAGUUAUGGGGCAACGGGGAAAGAAUGUCCAGGAUAUUACUUCCAGAAACAACGUGCAAAUAAAGUUCCCUGACCGUUCUUUGGCCAAUGGUAACGCAGAGAAUGGAGAGGCCAAUGAAAAUGGCGAUGUCAGUCCACGCCCUAUGGCUGAUAUCAUAUUAAUUACUGGGAAGCAGGAAAAUGCUGAAAAAGCCAAAGAGGAACUCUUGGAAUUCGUGCCAGUGUCUGAGACAAUGAAUAUCCCGUUCGAUUACCAUCGUUACAUUAUUGGCAAGAGCGGUGGCGAAGUGCGUUCGUUGAUGAAUGAGUUUGCAGUCAAUAUUGCCAUCCCACCAACAAAGGACCAAUCGGAUGAAGUUGUUGUUACAGGACCUCCGAAGCAUGUUCAGGCCGCCUUGGAAGGACUGAAGAAAAAGGUCGAGUCGAUUGAAGCAGAAAUGGAAGAUAAGAAAUUGAGAAGCUUUCAAUUGAGCAUCGAAGUGCCGGUGAAAUAUCAUUCAAAGAUUAUUGGCCGUGGCGGAGGAGUAGUGAGAAAGCUGCGCACUGACUAUGACGUGCAGAUUCAAGUGCCUUCCGCAGAUUCAGAGGGUAAAGCAGAGAACCCCACCGUCAUUCUCACUGGAUAUGAAGCUAAUUGUGCCAAAGCUAAGGCUGCUAUUCUUGAAAUGGUCAGCCAAUUGGAACAAAUGGUAUCAAUCGACAUCAAGAUUGACCACAGAGUUCACAACCGCAUUAUUGGGCAGAAGGGCAAGUCUGUUCGCAAGAUCAUGGAUCAGUUUAAUGUUGACAUUCGCUUCCCACGUGACCCAAAUGAAGAUGUUGUUACAAUCACAGGACCCGAAGACGCUGUCGACGAUUGUGAAGAGCAUUUGCUUAUGCUUGAGGAAGAAUACCUUGAUGAUGUGAGGGAGCGUUACGACAGCCGUAAAACUAUCUCUGACUAUUUCACCCAAAAGUCAAACCCGAAUGAUGAUGACAGUAACAGCAAAGGCUUCGUGGUCCGUGAUGCACCAUGGCAACAAGGUGCUCCGAAAGGCGCUGGUAAGCAGGAAGUGCCGGAUUCUUCCGACACCCAAGACUUCCCCUCUCUUGGUCUGGGUGCUCAAGCAACCAAUGGGAAGCAAGGAUCUGGUGCAUGGGGGGCUUGGGGUCGUAGCUAAUCUCCCAGUUCUAGAUAACGUGGACUUGUCUAAAGACCAACAAUGCAAUUUAACUAUUUUUGCGUCUUUGUAAUUUUCAUAAUACAUUUCUUGGCCAAUGCUUUCAGUGUGAUUUUUCACCUGAGAUUUCCUACAAUUUCGUUGUUUAUUUUUGGGAAAACGCUGCAUUCUGUUUCAUUUCUGUUUCAUUUCUGUUUCAUGCACAAAAGCAUUGGCCAAGAAACAGAUUUAUUAAACUGCCUAUGCUUGCAUAAGUGAUCCUGUGAUCAAUCUUUGUAUGGAAUCAGCUCUACUUGUAAGACAGUCGUAAUGUUCCUGCAGAGAGUUAGUUUUUGGGGCUAUGCUAAUGUCUUUGGAGUUCUUUUAUCAAAGAGGUUUACGAGAUUUAUGAGCAUAAAUAUUAUUAUUUUAAUUAGAGUGCAGAAGUAGGAGAUUUGAGAAAGAAAAAUGAAAUUUCAAUUGAAAUUUUAGCUGAA